GUACAUAAGUCUGUGCAAGUCUGUGUAGGUCUUAGUACUUAGUAGGUCUGUGGUGAGUGUAACUGUAACGAACGAAUGUUUGCAAAAACGGCGAAUCGUAACCUCAAAGAGUAGAUAAGCCGAAUUGUGUGUAAAAUGCCUAAACACAAGAAGCAGGAGAGUUCCAGCAGCUCUGAUAGCGAUGAUGGACCAGUCGACAGAAACCCUCCAGCGGAAAAGAAAGCCAAAAUGGGGAAUAGGACAGCUGACAAAGAGCCAACAUGGGUCUUGCAAGGGAAAAAGUUGGUUAAGGUCAGAGAAUUCAAAGGCAAGGUAUAUGUAGAUAUAAGAGAAUUUUAUGAAAAGAAUGGUGAUCUGUUACCAGGGAAGAAAGGGAUUAGCAUGACCCCUGAACAGUGGAAAAAGUUGUUGUCACUUGGUGACGAAAUAAAUGAAACGCUUAGUUCCUUAUGCUGAGAGCAAAAUACAUGUUGUUGUUCUUUAUUCUGUGUAAUAAAUGUGAGUUAUCUCUUAAAA